CCGCCGCUGCCGCCGCCGCCGCCGCCCCCGCCCCCGCCCCGCCCCGGCCGCGGCCCGCGCCGACCUACUCGGUGGUGAACGCGAUCAUCGAGAAGAAGGAGGACGGGCCUGGGUGCCGGUGCGGGCACACGCUGACCGCCGUGGCUGCCGUUGGGGAGGAGGGUACGUCCGGGUACAUCGGGCCGAGGCUGAUUCUUUUCGGCGGCGCCACCGCCCUCGAGGGCAAUUCAGCCGCCCCGCCAUCCUCUGCCGGGAGCGCCGGCAUCCGUCUCGCAGGUGCAACUGCCGAUGUCCAUUGUUAUGAUGUGUUGUCAAAUAAAUGGACAAGGUUGACACCACUGGGGGAACCUCCGUCACCAAGGGCUGCACAUGUUGCAACUGCUGUGGGUACCAUGGUGGUAAUUCAGGGUGGAAUUGGCCCGGCUGGUUUGUCUGCCGAGGAUCUUCAUGUUCUAGACUUAACACAACAGCGACCACGAUGGCAUAGGGUUGUUGUCCAAGGACCUGGCCCUGGACCACGUUAUGGACAUGUGAUGGCUUUAGUGGGGCAAAGGUUUCUGUUGACUAUUGGCGGAAAUGAUGGGAAGCGGCCUUUAGCUGAUGUUUGGGCCCUAGACACUGCCGCCAAGCCCUAUGAGUGGAGGAAGUUAGAACCAGAGGGCGAAGGCCCACCUCCAUGCAUGUAUGCAACUGCAAGUGCACGCUCUGAUGGUCUUCUUCUGCUAUGUGGAGGGAGGGAUGCAAACAGUGUGCCCCUAUCAAGUGCAUAUGGUCUUGCAAAACAUAGGGAUGGACGUUGGGAGUGGGCUAUUGCUCCUGGUGUCUCCCCAUCUCCUAGAUACCAACAUGCAGCUGUUUUUGUCAAUGCUCGACUUCAUGUAUCUGGAGGGGCUCUUGGUGGUGGGCGCAUGGUAGAAGAUUCAUCAAGCAUUGCAGUGUUGGAUACUGCUGCUGGGGUUUGGUGUGAUACAACAUCUGUGGUCACGAGUCCCAGGACGGGGAGAUACAGUGCAGAUGCAGCGGGCGGAGAUGCUUCUGUUGAGCUAACACGACGUUGUAGGCAUGCAGCUGCUGCAGUUGGUGAUUUGAUUUUUAUUUAUGGAGGGCUACGUGGUGGUGUGCUUCUUGAUGACCUGCUUGUUGCUGAAGAUCUGGCUGCUGCUGAAACAACAAGCGCGGCUUCCCAUGCUGCAGCAGCUGCAGCAGCUGCCAAUGUACCAGUAGGAAGAUCACCUGGAACACCUGGAAGAUGCACAUAUGCUGAUGAAAGAUCAAGGCAAGGUAUUUCAGAAGCUGUUCCUGAUGGUGCAGUUGUGCUAGGCACUCCAGUUGCUCCUCCUGCUAAUGGGGAUAUGUACACUGAUAUAAGCACUGAAAAUGCUAUGCUGCAGGGACCAAGGAGACUGAGCAAAGGUGUGGAAUAUCUGGUUGAAGCUUCAGCAGCAGAGGCUGAGGCAAUUAGUGCUGCUCUGGCAGCUGCUAAAGCCCGGCAAGUUAAUGGUGAUGCCGAGCAAUUGCCUGACCGUGAUCGUGGUUCCGAGGCUACGCCAAGUGGAAAACAAAUCUCAAGCUUGAUAAAAGUUCCUGAUAGUUCCCUUCCAAACAACUCUGCACCACCUGGGGUUCGGCUACAUCACAGAGCAGUAGUCGUAGCUGCAGAGACAGGGGGUGCUUUGGGUGGCAUGGUCAGGCAGCUUUCCAUUGAUCAAUUUGAAAAUGAAGGCCGGAGAGUCAGCUAUGGUACUCCUGAGAGUGCAACCGCAGCUAGGAAAUUACUAGAUCGGCAGAUGUCUAUCAAUAGUGUGCCUAAAAAGGUUAUUGCACAUCUUUUAAAACCCCGUGGCUGGAAGCCUCCUGUACGCAGGCAGUUCUUUCUGGAUUGCAAUGAAAUUGCAGAUCUAUGUGACAGUGCCGAAAGAAUAUUUACAAGUGAGCCAAGUGUUUUGCAAAUUAAAGCUCCUGUUAAGAUCUUUGGUGAUUUACAUGGUCAGUUUGGGGACCUUAUGCGCUUGUUCGAUGAGUAUGGUGCUCCUUCGACAGCCGGAGACAUAGCUUAUAUUGAUUAUCUAUUCUUGGGAGACUAUGUCGAUCGUGGCCAGCAUAGUUUGGAAACUAUUACUCUUCUCCUUGCAUUAAAGGUUGAAUAUCCUCAUAAUGUACAUUUAAUUCGUGGGAACCAUGAGGCUGCAGAUAUCAAUGCUCUAUUUGGCUUCCGGAUAGAGUGCAUCGAGCGAAUGGUAAUUAUACUUUUUUUUUUUGGUCUUCUUGAUCAUAUUCUCAAGCCAGUUUGUUGCAAAUCAUUAAUUUACUUUAUCCGGACACAGGGAGAGCGAGAUGGAAUCUGGGCUUGGCACCGCAUAAAUCGACUUUUUAAUUGGCUCCCUUUGGCUGCAUUAAUCGAGAAGAAGAUUAUCUGCAUGCAUGGUGGCAUUGGUAGGUCCAUAAAUCAGGUGGAGCAGAUUGAGAACCUUCAAAGACCAAUAACAAUGGAGGCAGGAUCGGUUGUUCUUAUGGAUCUGCUUUGGUCUGAUCCAACAGAGAAUGACAGUGUUGAAGGAUUAAGACCGAAUGCUAGGGGCCCAGGCCUAGUUACUUUUGGGCCUGACCGUGUUAUGGAGUUCUGCAAUAACAAUGACUUGCAAUUGAUAGUACGAGCACAUGAGUGUGUGAUGGAUGGUUUUGAACGUUUUGCUCAGGGACAUCUAAUUACUCUUUUUUCGGCAACUAAUUACUGUGGCACUGCAAAUAAUGCAGGUGCAAUUCUAGUUCUGGGAAGAGACCUUGUGGUUGUUCCAAAACUUAUUCAUCCUUUGCCCCCUGCCAUUAGUUCACCCGAAGCAUCACCAGAGCAUCAUAUUGAGGAUACAUGGAUGCAGGAGCUUAAUGCCAACAGACCACCGACGCCAACUAGGGGCCGCCCUCAAGUAGCAAAUGAUCGAGGUUCUCUUGCCUGGAUAUAGUAAUCUUUCACAUAUUUAGUUCUUCCUCUUCUACGGCCUGAGGCUCCCUCCUGGUGGUGAUCUGGCUGUUUCUCAUUUAGACUCGGGGAAUCAUAUCUGUGAGAUAGGAGUCAACCAUGAUGGUCUGGAAGGGGUAGCAGACAGCCACAUUUGAAGUUGCAGAGAAUCAGCUGACCAAGAGUGAAAUGUGUGAUCGGUGUGUAACUUAAUCCAUACCCUCCAGGUGGUUGGUUCGCCACGUCAGAAUUAGUGUAAUAUGGAGAUGCCUCAGUUCCUGUGAAACUUCACCUGUGUAUAGUCAACAUUGCUGGCAGAUAGGUGAGUGUAUGUGGUCUUCUAUGUCGUUCAUGGGAAUGAUGGAUAGGCUUACUGUAUUAGGUAUUCUUUCUUAUUAUGUUUAGAUUCUUCUCUCCGGAAAACAUUAUAGUGUUGGUGAAAGUGAUGAUGAGUUCUACAAUCUAUAUUGGCAGUCAUGUAUAAUAGAUAUUUGCAUACAGCAAUUUUUUGCUGUAAUUUCUGUGGUGCUAUGAAGUACAACAAUGUAAGUUUUUGAGUGGAUAACAGAUUUGAGGUUUGCUGAAGAAAUUAUUUAAGAGUUUGGAA